GACCAUAAAACACGGAGGAAGACGAAGAAAACGCAUACGGCCUUUUCCCAGAACCAAGCACGUCCUUUUCCUCUCUCCUCUCUUCCUUUCUCUCAGACGGCAGAACCCUUCGUCCAAAAUCUUCUACGGCCGAACCCUUCGCUCUUAGAUCUCUUCCUCUCUCUCAGGUUUGAGAAUCACCGUCUGCCAGUUAUCUUCCUCUCUCUCAGCUCGGCGUUUUGGACAGAGUCACUGGGCUCGGCCGCUACCCAUUUUUCGGCGUCGAACCAGUCUCAGAGAGCCCAACGGUUUGGUUAUUGCUAACGGCAGCCAUUGGAGUGAAUCUUGUACUUGAGACUGCUAAUCUAUUGAGAUGGAAAGCGGGAUAAAAGACUGGGUGUCAGGGCUCUUCUUCAAUUGAAAGAAGCUGGGGACUUGAAAGAAACGCCAAAAUAAAACAAUAGAGAAAAAAAGGCUUGAUGCGGGAUGGAGGAGGACAAAAAGUGAGUUAAUUGGGGGCGGUGGGGGAUACCCGAUUACCACUCCAAUUGAAUACUCUGGCCGGUGGAACGAAAUAAAGGGGAAGAUACAUUGGACGGCCGAAUCCUUUGUUCUUAGAUCUCUUCCUGUUUCUCAGAUUUGAGAAUCACUGUCUGCCAGUUCUCUUCCUCUCUCUGAGAUUUGCGUUUUGGACGGAGUCACUGAGCUCGGCCGCUACCCACUUUUCAGCUUCGAACCAGUGACUAUCUUUGAGUAAUUUGCAGUCUUGAUGCGGGAUGGAGGAAGAGGAGGACAAAAAGUGGGCAUACAACGAACUACUUGGAGGAUCUGUCACCGACUUUGGGUGACCACAUCAUUUGUCUGUUCUUCCUGAAGGUGUAUUGCUCGCUACUAAUAUUCACUUAUCAUCUUGUGAAUGAAAGCCUUGCCCCUUCUUACACCGUUUGUUUUGCCUCUAAAAUACUCACUGCCAAAGUCUGUUCUAUCUUCAUUUUCCUAUUCUCUCUUAUCUCCAUCUUUGUUUUUCCCAUCUCUCGGUGAUACAAUAGUUAUUUUGUUGCUUUUCUACUUGCAACCAAAAAAAAAAUAAAAAAAUCACUGGAACAAAAAUGGUAGAUACUAUCUGUAUAUCAUUUGUUGAGAAAAUAGUAGAGUACACUGUUGCACCUAUUGGACGGAGGCUUUUCUAUUCAUGUCAGUACAACAGCAACAAAGAGAAGCUGAAUUAUAAGGAAGGGGAAUUGCGGGAUGCUAAAGACAGGGUGCAAUCCUCAGUUAAUGUUGCGCGAAGAAAUAGUGAGCAAAUUCAUCGUGUUGUUAUAAGGUGGCUGGAAGAUGUAGCUAUUAUAGAAUUGGCCAUCAGCAGACUUCGUGAAAGCGAAGAAGAAGCAAGCAUGAGGUGCUCUAAUGCGGCAUGCCUAAACUUAAUACAUCGGCAUCAAGUAAGUCGAGCGGCAAAGAAUAUAGUGGAAAAUAUUGCCCAACUUAUUGCAAGAUGUGACAAUGAUAACUUUAAAGAAGUUUCGUAUCGUCCUCCUUUAGAAGGAAUGGAGAGAAUAAGAAACAAGGAUUACAUGGCCAUGGGGUCGAGGAUGACAGUGAUGAAGGGGAUUAUGGAGGCAUUGGGAAAUGCUGAUAUCGACAAGAUCGGGGUGUGGGGGAUGCCUGGAGUUGGAAAGACUACUUUGAUGAAAGAAAUUGCCAGACAAGCUGUGGAAGAAAAGUUAUUCAAUGAGGUGGUUAUGACAGUUGUGCCAAACAACCUAGAUGUAAGGCGUAUUCAAGAAGAAAUUGCAGAGAUGCUAGGUCUAAAGUUUGAUCAAGAAUCUGAAAAAGGGAGAGCAUGUCUUCUGCGACAGAGGCUAUCAAAUGACAAGAAGAAUCUUAUUAUCCUGGAUGAUAUAUGUAAGGCAUUUGAUUUACAGGAAAUUGGAAUUCCUUCUGAAGGAUGCAAAGUAGUAAUGACAUCCAGAUAUCGUGAUGUAUUAAUGAGUGGAAUGGACACCCAAAAAGCAAUUCAUGAACUUAAGAUUUUACGGAAAGAAGAAGCAUGGAACUUAUUUGAGAAGAUGGCAGGUGAUUGUUUCAAAGAUUGGCCGCCUGAAGUGAGAGGCAUAGCAACUAAGAUAGCCGAAAAGUGUGCAUGUCUUCCUAUUGCUCUCGUAACAGUUUCGAAGGCAUUAAAAAAUAAGAGUUUGGCUACAUGGAAGGAUGCCCUGGUGCAACUAACAAGACCCACUCCAGAACAUAACUCAAAAUUAUGGUCACACGUCCAUUCUUGUAUACAGUUGAGUUAUGAACAUCUUGAUGGUGAAGAUGCCGUCAAAUCCCUCUUUUUGCUCUGUGCUCAACAAGGUUACUACAUUUCCUAUCGGGACUUGCAGAGAUAUGGUUUCGGUUUGGGUUUAUUCCACAACAUUUAUACAUUGGAAGAAGCAAGAAACAGACUAGAGAGUUUAGUUAGUAAUCUUCUAGAUUCUUGUUUGCUACUAGAAAGUCCACAUAGCUCCGAGGUAUUUUACAUGCAUGAUCUUGUUCGUGAUGUUGCUACAAUAAUUGCGUCAAAGAAUCAUAAUAUGUUUGUCAUGAGAGAUGAUGGUGCGCAAAAAGCAUGGCUAGAUGUGGAUGCACUAAAUAGAUGUGAGGCGCUCUCUAUUCAUGGUGGAGAAAUCCUUAAACAUUUCAAUAAAAUGGAAUGUCCUAAAUUAAGAUUCUUUCAUGUCGAAUGCUUACUCAAUUUGAAAAUCUCGGACAUUUUCUUCCAAGGGAUGGACAAGCUCGAAGUUCUGAGUUUGAGACGAAUGCGACUUUCAUCACUUUUUCCACUUACAAACCUACAAACAUUAUGUCUAGAUGGAUGUAGGUUGGGAGAUAUUCAUUGGAUUGGAGAACUCAAGAGUUUAUUAAUUCUUAGUCUUGCUCAUUCUGACAUUUCAAAUCUCCCAAGAGAAAUAGAGUCGUUGACUCGUUUGCAGUUAUUGGAUUUGAGCUAUUGUUUCAGACUUAGAGUGAUUCCUCCUAAUGUCUUGUCAAGCUUGGUCAUCUUAGAAGAGUUGUAUAUGCAAAAAACCGAAGUCCAAUGGGAGCUUGAAGGACCCAGCAAUGAAGGAAAAAAUGCUAGCCUUGCAGAGCUAAAGAAAUUGUCACACUUGACCACUUUAGAGAUAGAUAUUCCGAAUGCCAACAAUCUACCGGCAAAUUUGUUUUCUGGAAAGCUUGAGAGAUACAAGAUACGCAUUGGAAAUGAAAUCUUCGAUCCAGUUUUUACGUGGAAGGCAGCCUUCUCAAGAGUUUUAAAACUCAAUCUGAAGAUGAGCUUCCAAUUGGACUUUGGGAUCAAAAUGCUACUGAAGAGGACAGAGUAUCUUUCCUUAGUCGAGGCAGACAGUACUAAGAGUGUCUUACAUGAAUUACAUGGAGAAGAUUUUCAACAACUGAAGCAUCUCCAUAUCCAAAAGAAUGGUAAUAUUAAGCAUAUCACUGAGUUGAGGACACCGGAUGUUGCCUUUUUUCCUUUCCUGGAGACAUUUAUUUUGAUAGCUAUGAUCAGCUUGGAAGAAAUUUGUCAGGUCAAACUUCCAUUGUCAUCCUUCAAAAACUUGAAAGUUUUAAAGGUGGAGAACUGUGAGAAAUUAAGAUUUAUCUUCUCAUCAUCUAUAGCAAGAGGCCUUUCACUACUUGAAGAAUUGAACAUAACAAGAUGCAACAACAUUGGUGCAAUAUUCGUGAAAGAAGAAGAAGACGAAAUAGAAGAUCAGGGAGAUAUGAUGUUGUUCGGUCGACUUCAAACCUUAGUGCUAAAGGAUCUUCCAAAGCUCGUGGGCUUCCUAAGCACAAGAGAAACCAAUUCAGAGGGCAACCUGCAUGAUUUUCAGUUGCCGCUUCUACAUCAUCAGGUUUCCUUUCCUAGCUUGCAAACACUGCGUAUGGAGGGUCUACCCAAAAUAAAGCAUGUAUGGAGCUGUGGUCAAGAACCCAAAACAGUUUUCACAUGUCUCGAGCAAUUGAAAAUACUUGAGAUUAGCAAUUGUGGGGUGGAGGAAAUAGUUGCAGUUGAAGGAGGAGGAGAAGCAGUAGCAAUUAGGACUUUGGUGUUCCCUCGAGUAAGUACUUUGAAGUUUAGAAAUUUAAAGAGACUCAAGUGGUUUUACAAAAGAGUGCAUCAUUCAGUUUUCACAUGUCUCGAGCGAUUGAAAAUACUUGAGGUUAGCAAUUGUGGGGUGGAGGAAAUAGUUGCAGUUGAAGGAGGAGGAGAAGCAGUAGCAAUUAGGACUUUGGUGUUCCCUCGAGUAAGUACUUUGAAGUUUAGAAAUUUAAAGAGACUCAAGUGGUUUUACAAAGGAGUGCAUGUUUCAAAAUGGCCGAUGCUGAAAGAGAUGACAAUUCAAGGAUGCCAUAAAGUUGAGAUUUUUGCUUCACAAGUUGUGAGCUUUGAAAAAGCAAUUGAAGAUCAGAGGCAGUCUGAGAUGUCCAAUAUUAGACAACCCCUUUUCUCGGUGGAUGAGCACUCAUUCCCCAGCUUGGAGAAACUGCUCAUUUCGAACAUGGAUUCGUUAGAAAUUAUAUUUGGAAAGCUGGAGGGGCAAAAUGGUAAAGAACCACAAGAUUUAAUAUGCCCAGCGUCAGGGACAGAAGAAAGCGGAGCAACCACACACUUUGUGUCAUUUGUUUCCUUCCCUAGCUUGCAAACACUGCAUAUUAAGGAUUUAACCAAAAUAAAGCACGUAUGGAGCUGUGGUCAAGAACCCAAAACAGUUCUCACAGGUCUCGAGCAAUUGCAAGUACUUGAGAUUGAGGAUUGUGGGGUGGAGGAAAUUGUUGCAAUUGAAAGAGGAGGAGAAGCAGUAGCAAUUAGGACUUUGGUGUUCCCUCAAGUAACUCAGUUGACGUUUAGAAAUUUACCGAGACUCAAGUGGUUUUACAAAGGAGUGCAUGUUUCAAAAUGGCCGAUGCUGAAAGAGAUGAAAAUUGAAAGAUGCGAGAAAGUUGAGAUUUUUGCUUCAGAAGUUGUGAGCUUUGAAAAAGCAGUUAAAGAUCAGAGGCAGUUUGAGAUGUCCAUUAAACAACCCCUUUUCUCGGUGAAUGAGCUCUCGUUUCCGAGCUUGAAGACGUUGGAAAUUAUAUGGCCGGAUCAAGUCACCGCGACUUCUUUUCCCAAUAUUCCGAAUGCCAACAAUCUACCGGCAAAUUUGCUUUUUGAAAAGCUUGAGAGAUGCAAGAUAUGCAUUGGAAUUAAAAGAUACCAUCCCGCGUAUUUUAUGGGGGAGAAUGACUUCUCAAGAGUUUUUAAACUCAAACUGAAUAUGAGCUUCCGAUUGGACUUAGGGAUCAAAAUGCUACUGAAGAGAACGGAAUAUCUUUACUUAGACGAGGCGAACAGUACUAAGAGUGUCUUAUAUGAAUUACAUAGAGAAGAUUUUCAACAACUGAAGUUUUUCCAUAUCCAAAACAAUGGUAAUAUUAAGCAUAUCCUUGAGUCGGGGACAUCGGUUGUUGCCUUUCCUAUCCUGGAGACAUUUGUUUUGAACAAUAUGUUCAGCUUGGAAGAAAUUUGUCAGGACAAACUUCCAUUGUCAUCCUUCAAAAACUUGAAAGUUUUAAAGGUGGAGAACUGUGAGAAAUUAAAAUUUAUCUUCUCAUCUUCUAUAGCCAGAGGCCUUUCACUACUUGAAGAAUUGAACAUAACAAGAUGCGACAACUUGGGUGCAAUAUUCGUGAAAGAAGAAGAAGACGGAAUAGAAGAUCAGGGAGAUAUAAUGUUGUUCGGUCGACUUCAAACCUUGGUGCUAAACGAUCUUCCAAUGCUCGUGGGCUUCCUAAGCACAAAAGAUUCAUUUAUGGCUGAUUGUAGAGAAACCAAUUCAGAGGGCAACCAUGAUCUUCAGUUGCCACUUCUACAUCACGAUCAGGUUUCCUUUCCUAGCUUGCAAACACUGUGUAUGUGGGGUCUACCCAAAAUAAAAUACGUAUGGAGCUGUGGUCAAGAACCCAAAACAGUUUUCACAUGUCUCGAGCAAUUGAAAAUACUUGAGAUUAGCAAUUGUGGGGUGGAGGAAAUAGUUGCAGUUGAAGGAGGAGGAGAAGCAGUAGCAAUUAGGACUUUGGUGUUCCCUCGAGUAAGUACUUUGAAGUUUAGAUAUUUAAAGAGACUCAAGUGGUUUUACAAAGGAGUGCAUGUUUCAAAAUGGCCGAUGCUGAAAGAGAUGACAAUUCAUGGAUGCCAUAAAGUUGAGAUUUUUGCUUCAAAAGUUGUGAGCUUUGAAAAAGCAAUUGAAGAUCAGAGGCAGUCUGAGAUGUCCAAUAUUAAACAACCCCUUUUCUCGGUGGAUGAGCACUCAUUCCCCAGCUUGGAGACACUGGAAUUUUGGAACAUGGAUUCGUUAGAAAUUAUAUUUGGAAAGCUGGAGGGGCAAAAUGGUAAAGAACCACAAGUUUUAAUAUCCCCAGCAUUAGGGACAGAAGAAAGUGGAGCAACCACACAGUUUGCGUCGACCGGCAAACUUCCAUUGAUAUACUUCAAAAACUUGAAAGUUUUAAAGGUGGAGAACUGUCAGAAAUUAAGAUUUGUCUCCUCAUCAUCCAUUGCCAAAGUCCCUUCACUACUUGAAAAAUUGAAAAUAAAAAGAUGCAACAACAUGGGUGCAAUAGUUGUGGCAGAAGAUAAAGACGGAAUAGAAGAUGGAGAUGUAAUAUUGUUCCAUCAACUGCAAACCUUGGAGCUAGAGGACCUUCCAGAACUCGUGAGCUUCUUUAGCACAAAAAGUUCAUUCAUGACUGAUUGUGGGCAGAUCAUUACAGAGGGCAACCACAAUCUUCACAUGCCACUUCUACCCCAUCAGCUUUGCUUCCCUAGUGUGAGAGAGUUGUAUCUGGAAGGUCUGCCCAAAAUAAAGCACGUUUGGAGUAAAGAGCCCCAGACAAUGUUCAGGUUUCAAGCUUUACAAGAUAUAUACGUUGGGAAAUGCGAGAGCCUGACAAGUUUAUUUCCAGCCUGGGUUCUUAGAUGUCUCGAGCAAUUGAAGAAAAUUGUGAUUGAGGAUUGUGGGGUGGAGGAAAUUGUUGCAGUUGAAGGAGGAGGAGGAGAAGCGGUAGAAAGGACAUUGGUGUUCCCUCGAGUAAGUACUUUAGAGCUUAGAAAUUUGAAGAGACUCAAGUGGUUUUGCAAAAGAGUGCAUGUUUCAAAAUGGCCGAUGCUGAAACUGAUGAAAAUUGAAGGAUGCGAGGAAGUUGAGAUUUUUGCUUCAGGAGUUGUGAGCUUUGAAGAAACCAUUAAAGAGAGGCAGUCAGAGAUGUCCAUUAAGCAGCCCCUUUUCUUGGUGGAUGAGCUCUCGUUUCCGAGCUUGAAGAAGUUGUACAUUUGGAGCUUGGAUAAGUUGGAAAUUAUAUGGCAGGAUCAAGUGACCGCGAGUUCUUUUCCCAAUAUUCAAGAAUUGAGAAUUUCAGAUUGUGACAAGCUGUUGCACGUCUUUCAAUCUAAUUUGCAUACAACAAGAACAUUGAUACAAAGUCUGACUAGUCUACAUAUAAAGGACUGUGAUUCAUUAGAAACUAUAUUUAGAAAUAUGGAGGGGCAAAGUGGUAAAGAAUCACAAGUUUUAAUAGCUCCAAGUUUCGGAUUGGAAGAAAGUAUAGCAAGAGAAGAAGAAACAACCAGACAUAUUGAGUUCCCCACACUAACUGAAAUGUCACUUGUUGGAUUGCCAAAACUCAAGUGGAUUUUAGAAGGGGUGCAUACUAAUUUGGAAUGUCCUUCAUUGAAACAAUUAGAACUGGGGGGAUUUGGACGAGUGAUCAACAUGAUUUGGGCUUCAAAAUUUCCGAGAAGCAGUAGUAGUCAAGAGAACCAACUCCAGACUUGCGUUCAACAACCCAUUUUCGAGUUUGACGAGGCUACGUUCCCCAACUUGGAGAUUUUGUCAUUGCGCUUCAGUAGAACAAUAUGUCCUAGCAGAUUUUCAGAUUUUCCUGCAGGUCCAUCUUUUCCUAUAAUAAGGCUGCCAACUCUGUUGGAACUUAAAGUGCGGAGUAGUGGCUGGGAGGAAAUAUUCUCUCAUGAACUUGUUGAUCGAGAAAUACGAUUAAGACGACUAUCGCUCAAUCAUCUACCUAUGCUUAUACAUUUGUGGAAAGAAGACGGUACCCAACCAUGCCCACUUUCUCAUAAUCUGCAAUUUCUUAGCCUGUCAGGAUGUGGCAAAUUGAAAAACAUAGUGCCAUCAUCGGUAUCUCUUCACAAUUUGAGAGAAUUGGCAAUAUCAGAUUGUCACGGAUUGAUCAAUUUAUUAACAUCCUCAACUGCCAAAACUCUGGUGCAACUCAGUAGAAUGACUGUAACUGAUUGCAAAAGGAUUACUGAAAUUGUAGCAAUGGAAGAUGGUGAGGCAAAUGUGGAGAUUACUUUCAAAAAUUUAGUAUGCUUAGAACUUGAUGGCUUACCAAACCUCACACACUUUUGCUCUAGACCUUAUUCCUUUGGGUUCCCAUCUUUGAUAGAAGUAAUUGUGAGAUGUUGUCCUGAGAUGAAGACUUUUUGUCACGGAGUCUUAAGUACACCAGAGCUAACAGCAGUAUGGGAUGAUCGUCACCGUUGGAAUUCGAAGCGGAAUGUGCAUUGGGAGGAUGACCUUAAUACCACUACACGUUGUCUUUGGGAGUCAAAUCAAUAUGAUACUCAAUGCUUAUUCAGAGAAAGGGUUGAGAAUUCUGAAGAAGAUGAAAAUCAUCCUUCAGAAGAUGAAGAUCAUUCUGAGAAUUCUGAAGAAGGCUAGAAUGUAGCUUUUCCAUUCAGAAUUUGUGGAUCCAAUGGUGAUAUUUCUUUCUUUUGAUGAAGUCAGUCAGGGCAGAGGACCCUUCAUUCCCAUUAAUGUUUAAUUAUGGUUUGCUUGUUUUAUUAUGUCUUCUUUAUUUUUAAAUGUCUCUUAUAUGUACGAGAGAAUGCCAAAUAAAAAAAGUUUGACAAUGUAUUGAUUUGAUAUAACUCCUCAUGAAGUACUGUAGUUAACAACUCUGGUGUUGCCAACAAAUAAACUUGAAUUAUAAUCUUUUGAUUAUAAUUCGACCAUA